AUGGUUUUGUACACGUUGUUUGUAACGCUCCUUUGCACACUGAUGCUCCCACUUUUGCUGUUUUUAGCCGCGGUUAAGCUGUGGGAGAUUUACAUCAUCAGGGGACGUGAUCUGAGCUGUCCAAAACCUCUCCCUCCAGGUACCAUGGGUCUACCAUUCCUUGGCGAGACGCUUCAAAUGGUUCUCCAGAGAAGAAAAUUCCUUCGGAUAAAACGUCAGAAAUACGGAUGUAUUUAUAAAACUCAUCUAUUCGGCAAUCCUACCGUGCGAGUAAUGGGAGCCGAAAAUGUGAAGCAAGUUCUGCUUGCUGAACACAAACUUGUCGCAGUUCAGUGGCCAGCGUCAGUGAGAACGAUCCUCGGCUCCGACACCCUUUCCAAUUUGCACGGCGCUCAGCACAAAAACAAGAAAAAGGCGAUCAUGAAAGCCUUCUCCCGUGAAGCACUGGAGAACUACGUCCCCGUGAUCCAGGAGGAGGUGAGGAGCACCGUGACGGACUGGCUGCAGAGCGAGUCAGGCGUGCUGGUGUACCCGGAGAUGAAGAGACUCAUGUUUCGCAUCGCAAUGAGGAUCCUGCUUGGCUUCGAGCCGGAACAAACCAAGACUGAUGAGCCGGACUUGGUGGAGGCGUUCGAAGAAAUGAUGAAGAACCUGUUCUCCCUUCCGAUCGAUGUCCCCUUCAGCGGCUUAUACAGGGGUUUGAGAGCGCGCAAUUUCAUUCAUUCAAAAAUAGAAGAAAACCUAAAGAAGAAGAUGGAACAUUGUGUGGACGAGAGCAAACCUAGAGAUGCGCUUCAGCUGCUGAUAGAGAACUGCAGGCAGAACAAAGAGCGACUCAGUAUGCAGGAGAUUAAAGAGUCUGCGACCGAACUGUUAUUCGGCGGCCACGAGACCACUGCCAGCACUGCCACCUCCCUCGUGAUGUUUCUCGGGCUGAACUUGGAUGUGGUGUUGCGCGUCAGACGGGAGCUUCAGGAGAAGGACCUGCUGGACAUUUUUUCCCACGAUAAAAGACUGAAUAUCGAGUUGUUGGAACAGCUGAAGUAUACAGGGUGCGUCAUCAAAGAGACAUUAAGGAUUAACCCUCCGGUCCCGGGUGGCUUCCGCGUGGCUCUAAAGACUUUUGAACUGAAUGGCUACCAGAUUCCCAAGGGAUGGAAUGUUAUUUACAGCAUCUGUGACACACAUGACGGUGCAGAUGCAUUCCCUGACAAACAGGAGUUCCGUCCAGAGAGGUUCAUGGCCUCCACUUCCAGCGCCUCCUCCAGGUUCAGCUACAUCCCCUUUGGAGGAGGUGCCAGGAGGUGCGUUGGCAAAGAAUUUGCAAAUGUCCUCCUCAAAAUAUUUUUGGUCGAACUGAUCACAAGGUGCAACUGGACUCUGCUGAAUGGACCACCAACAAUGAAAACGGCUCCGACUGUUUAUCCUGUGGACAAUCUCCCAACAAAAUUCAACUGUUAUUUUGGCAAUUAGCUUCAAAGACCUGUAAAUCCCGAAUAGCAUGCUGGUAGCAUUUAUGUUGUAAUUAUGUGAAUGACUGUUGUUUUUAUUUUAUAUACCAUAUUUCAAAACAAAAGCUAUUUAUAUGAAUGAUUUUAAUAUAUAAAUGCUUUUAAUAUUUUUGUACAAAGUAAAAGCAUUACAUGUGGACCCAUUUAAGGGACUCUUAAUAUCUUGAUUAUGCAUUUGAUGUAAAAAAAAAAAAA